AUGGCCGCAAUCCAUGGAUCUUGGUUUAAGAGGAGCGGUUGGACCUUUUCAAGAAUCCUUUUCUACCUGCUUUUCUGGGGUUUCCAUAUCCUCCUAUUUGCCAUAGGAUGGUACGUUCUGGAUUCCAGCUGUCUUGAGUACUUACAGGCGACAAGCGUGGAACUGGCAGGACUAAAUGUCCUCCGGUUUUCAGUCUGGAUUUCGAGAGGUGCAGGUCUGGUGCUUUCAGUUGACUGUACUCUGAUCCUGUUUCCUAUGUGUCGGAAUAUCCUUCGAUGGCUCAGACCGCAGAUCAGAUGGCUACCACUCGAUGAAUCCGCCUGGUUUCAUCGUCAAAUAGCCUACGCUAUACUCGUAUUCUCAGCAAUUCAUACCGCUGCUCACUAUGUCAACUUCUAUACCAUCGAAAAAGACCAAAUUCGCCCUGAACUGGCCGUUGAAAUCCAUUUUGCUCGUGCAGGUGGUAUCACAGGCCAUGUCAUGCUCCUCUGCAUGAUGCUAAUGUAUACCACCGCCCACCAGCGCAUUCGCCAGCAAGCAUAUGAAACCUUCUGGUAUGCGCAUCACCUUUUUAUUCCGUUCAUGCUAGCCCUCUACACCCAUGCCACCGGUUGUUUUGUACGAGACACCACCGACCCUUUCUCCCCAUUUGCAGGAAAGCAAUUCUGGAAUCAUUGCAUUGGAUAUGAAGGGUGGAGAUGGGAAUUGGUCAUCGGAGCCAUAUAUCUCUUCGAGCGACUCUAUAGGGAGAUUCGAUCUCGGCGCGAGACGGUGAUCCGUCAUCCUUACGACGCCAUGGAAAUCCAAUUCCACAAACCAAGCAUGAAAUACAAAGCCGGACAAUGGCUAUUCCUUCAAGUCCCCGAUGUCUCCAGUACCCAGUGGCAUCCAUUCACCAUCACAUCCUGCCCCUUCGACCCCUAUCUCAGCGUUCACGUCCGUCAAGUCGGAGACUUCACCCGCGCCCUCGGAGACGCUCUCGGCUGCGGUCCCGCCCAAGCCAAAGAUCUCGAGGGUCUCGACCCAAACGGCAUGUACGAAAUCGCUCUCCAAAACGGCCAGACAAUGCCUGCAAUCCGCAUCGAUGGACCUUACGGAUCACCCGCGGAAGACGUAUUCGAGAACGAAAUCGCGGUGCUAAUCGGUACUGGCAUCGGCGUGACGCCCUGGGCAUCCAUUCUCAAAAACAUCUGGCAUCUCCGCUCGAAGCCUAAUCCUCCUCGUCGUCUGCGUCGCGUCGAAUUCAUCUGGGUCUGUAAGGAUACCUCGUCUUUCGAGUGGUUUCAGGCUCUUCUUUCUUCGCUCGAGGCGCAGUCUGCUAGUACUGCUGCUAACGAAGGAAGCGCUGAGUUCUUGCACAUCCAUACUUAUCUCACGCAGCGUCUUGACGCUGACACUGCUGCGAAUAUUUAUCUCAACUCUGUUGGCCAGGAGCUUGAUCCUCUGACUGAAUUGAGGAGUCGGACGAACUUUGGUCGCCCGGACUUCCAUCGUCUGUUCACGGCUAUGCGAGUUGGCUUGCUGGAUCAGUCUUAUAUGACUGGUUUGCAGAGUGCUGCUACCACCAAGGUCGGAGUGUACUUCUGCGGUCCUAACACUGCUGCGAUGCAGAUUAGCAAUGCAGCCAGGGAUGCUUCGACGAAAGAUGUCAAAUUCAAAUUCUGGAAGGAGCACUUCUAG